AUGGGCCUUCAACAGAAGCCCUUUGGCUACAAAUGGCGCUCUUCCAGAUGGUUUAUCAUUUCUACUGUCACUCUUGCCUUGUUUGGUGAAACCUUCCUGUAUGCAUUCAUAGUCCCUAUUUUAGACUACAUGCUACGGACUCGCUUGCACAUCGAUCGCUCCGAAACCCAGAAGAUAACCUCUACAGUACUCGGUCUUCAUGGUGCUAUCUCUGUCAUCGCCGGGCCCAUUAUCGGCCAUUUCGCCGAUAAAACUCCAAACCGCAAGACACCAUUAUUGCUUUCUCUUAUCACAUGUAUAAUAGGCACCCUCAUGAUCGCCAGCACCCAUUCGGUUCCGAUCCUUUUAUUACGCCGCGUGUUCCAGGCAGUUGCCGCAUCUGCAGUUUGGAUCAUCGGCUAUGCAACCAUCGCAGAUACUGCGGAUCAGGCGAGGCUCGGUACGAUAAUGGGGAUUGCAAUGUCCUUCGUCAAUCUGGGAGUCAUCGGCGGCCCUGCUGCAUCCGGGUUAUUACUGGAAGUGGCGGGAUAUGGGAUAACCUGGAUGACACCACUCCUCAUUUUGGUCAUUGAUCUGAUCGCGCGCCUUUUGAUGAUUGAGACUCCGUCGAAGGGUGUCUCUGCUGAUAUAAAUUCUACAAUUACAAAGACGACAGAGACAGCAGAUGCAACAGAGACUAUGGGUCUACUGAUCUCGCAUGACCAUCCUGAAGACCUAACCACUGAGGCAGCCGGCUUCUGGCGUAUCAUGUUAUGUGAUGUGCGCGUAUUGACCGUUCUGCUCAUUCAGAUAUUGAGUAUAGCAGUGGGAACAUGUUUCAACGCGACUAUUCCAAUAUAUGUACAGGAAACCUUCGGAUGGGGUCCUAGUAAGAUUGGAUUCCUGUUCUCCUGCUUGAUCUUGCCCAGUCUCCUAGUCGGUCCCCUCGCAGGCUGGAUUCGAGACCGUGUUGGAACACGAUAUCCUGCCGCAAUUUCGUUAGUUCUUCAGGCGGUAGUGCUAGUACUAUUGGGUAUCGCUGGAAAUGAGCGAAUCACUUGGGCAAGUCCUCAGAACAAGGGCGGGACACUGUAUAUAACAUGUAUCGUGGCUAUGGGCACAUUGCGUCCUUUUAUCGCAGGCUUAGGACCUAUUGAGUUGACCGCUGCUGUCAAGGCACACCAAGAACAGACCCCAGGUAUAUUUGGGCCUGAGGGAGGGCUAUCCCCGGCGUUUGCCAUGAUGGAGGUUGCAGCUUCUAUCGGGAUGACAAUUGGUCCGAUUAUGGGUGGUUCGCUGAAGGAACUCUUUGGUUACGACUACAUGAAUUUGACUUGGAGUCUGCUUUAUCUCCUCCUUGCUGCGCUUGCAAUAUGUUCCCUAGGCUCCGAGGAUCCCAAUAACAUGCCUGCUGAUGAUGGAGACUGCUAG